AUGGAUUUCAAUCUGCUGGCAGACGCGGAGGCUCGCAGCCCAGCCUUGUCUCUCUCGGACUCCGGAACCCCUCAACACGAGCACAGCUGCAAAGGGCAGGACCACAGCGACACCGAGAAGUCCCAGCAAAACCAGACGGACGACUCCAACCCUGAAGACGGCUCACUCAAGAAGAAGCAGCGGAGGCAGAGGACGCAUUUCACUAGCCAGCAGCUCCAGGAGCUGGAAGCCACUUUCCAGAGAAACCGUUACCCAGACAUGAGCACCAGGGAGGAGAUUGCAGUCUGGACCAACCUGACGGAGGCACGAGUCCGGGUCUGGUUCAAAAACCGCAGAGCUAAGUGGAGGAAACGGGAGAGGAACCAACAGGCCGAACUGUGCAAGAACAGUUUUGGAGCCCAGUUCAACGGACUGAUGCAGCCUUAUGAUGACAUGUAUUCCAGCUAUUCCUACAACAACUGGGCCACCAAGGGGCUUGCCACCAGCCCACUCUCAGCCAAGAGCUUCCCAUUCUUCAACUCCAUGAACGUCAGUCCCCUCUCCUCCCAGCCCAUGUUCUCCCCACCCAGCUCCAUCGCCUCAAUGACCAUGCCUUCAUCCAUGGUCCCUUCUGCGGUGACUGGAGUACCGGCCUCCAGCCUCAACAACCUGGGAAACAUCAACAACCUGAACAGCCCAAGCCUCAAUUCCGCUGUCUCAUCCAGUGCCUGUCCUUACGCCUCAACAGCCAGCCCCUACAUUUACAGGGACACAUGCAACUCCAGCCUGGCCAGCCUGCGGCUGAAGGCCAAGCAGCACGCUAACUUCACCUACCCGGCGGUGCAGACGGCAGCUUCCAAUCUGAGCCCUUGCCAAUACGCUGUGGACAGGCCCGUAUGAAGGGCUGCCCUCCGCCAACCAGGGACUUGACCUUAGCCUGACAAAAGGAGACCUUUAGCCCUACAACAGCGUACGUCCUGCAGAGAAUGAGAGUGAACCUGGGAGAGCAGGAGAGCAAGAGAGAGCGGUGAGCAGGCAGAUGGACCUCUAUGAAGAUUUGUCUAACUAUCGUAUGGUGAAUUUUGACUGUCUUUCCCCUCCCAAACCCCCUCCCCUCUUGCCCACCAAACCUCCUCCUUUGUGGUAAAGAAACCAAAACAGUCUACUGGAAGCCCCGGGGGGAAAUAGGAGCCCUGACAUGCGGGGUGCCUGACUCACG